UCGUUACAUUUUCCUUGUACACAAAACCUAUUCUUUUCUCUUGAAUGUAAGGUUAUUUUUGGGAGACCACUUAAAAAUAUUAUACCAUACCUUCUAAAUUCAAAACGACUCUUUGAUAUGGCUUAUGCCGGAAAAUUUAUUGAUAGAAACCCAACACUGCAGGCUGCUGGAUUUUCGUCUUUUAAAGAAAAUGAGAAAAUGAAAGAUUGCUUUGAAUACGAAGUCAGCAAGGACGAGGCAUCGCCGUUCGUCUGCCAAACGGGACCUAUGGACUACAAACUGCCUCCUCCUAGAAUUGACAUAUACAAAGGGUUUCACUCCGACAUGAGGGAAUGUAUCCAGCCAGAAGUGGACCACAGGUUCUGUGAUGUACUCGACAAAGAGUUCAAGGAGACUGUCUAUGACUCGUACUGGAAGAUGCCGACGGGAAGAGUCCCUGACCAGGACCCUAUGUUGCCUGCUGGCAUGGAGUACGAUAAGGAAUGUUUUGGAAGACCGACGCCCAGGGAUGUGACGGCGGCAGAGUUGGUGAGUCCUCCCAAGUCUUACUUGGAUAUCAUGGAACAAUCGAGAGUCGGCCACAAAAUGUAUACGAAAACCCAUGACGAUUACGAACCUGGAGAGCAAAUCCAGAGAAAUUACGUAGAGCCCUUCAAACAGACCUUGGUGUGGGGGAAAAAUACAUCGUGUGACCCUCAAGGAGGGUGUAUACAGAAGGUUAUGACGGUGAAGGGCGAUGAGGAUGUUCUGGUUUCAAAGAUUUUAUCCGAUCACCGACAUCGUACGAAGCAUUUGGUGGGAAAGGUGCAUGCACCUAAUGACAACAUAGGGUGUGUUCCAGAAGGCCACGCUUUUGGAAGGCUGAAUAAAAGAGGAGUGUUCGGUGUUGGGGAGUUGUUGCAGGAUUGUGACCCUAGUUUGGAUAAACUUGAUCUCCUAGACGAACUUUCAAGCAUUAACUUCCUCAGAAACCAAAUUGCCAAAAGAGAAUUAGCAUUUCCUCAUCGGGACCUUCUUGAUACCUUUCACCGAAUCGAUUCCAAUCACACUAACCGCCUGUCCCUUCACACAGUUUACGAAGUUCUUGCGGACUUUGAGUUGUAUCCGGACAGGAUUCCUUUUGAAGCCCUUAUGAAAAGAUUGAACAUAAUGUCCAGUGAUGAGAUGAUAGAUUAUGUAAAAAUGGCGGAUAUUUUAAACAUCAACGUCAUGUUUCCGGACAUUUCAAAAAUUGAAGACGUGCCAAAAGAGAUGUUACACUUUGAGACCACCAAUCAAUUUGCUCAAAAGUAUCACCACUCGGAUAAGUUUGAUACGAAAGGAAUUCCAACCGCUGGGGUACCACCUAGACCUCACAUUUCCAUGGAAUCCUUAGUGAGUCCUAGUAUAUUUACUACAUACGGCUUGGAACCUAAAGAAUUCUUCAUUCCAAGAUCACGAGGUUUCCUGCCUACUCUGUUGGAAAGACUUGGCUAUCAGGUUGAUCACCACCAAUUUGGAGAGAUUUGGAACGCAGCAAAGGAUGAAAAGGGAUGCGUCUCUGUUUACUCAUUUUUAAAAGCUUUUAAAAGUUUACAAAACUGUUAAUUUUUCAAAACACCAGUUUUAAUAAUAAAUCACUUUCUAACAUCCUUUGUCAAAACGGUGAAAUCUAUUAAUCUACAAAUAUUGUAAAUAUUUCUUGUUAUUGUGAAAUCUAAAGUUGAAGGAUAUAGUAAAACAAUAUAAAAUAUACACAUGCA